AAUUUCUAUAUUACAAAAACUUUUCUCAUUAUUUUAUAAUUUUUAAAAUCACACUUCGAAUUAAGGUGUUUAAUACUAUUAAAAUAUCUUUGGUAAACUCACAAAAAGUUUCAAGGUUUAUAUCAAUCGUAAAAAUAUAAAAAAAACCCUAUUAAUAUUGUUGACAAGUGACAAAACACAAUAUUAUUUUGAUUUAAUGCGAAAUUCACAAUACUUAGUGUUCAUAGUUAAAUACAUUUUAAAAAAAUCGACUUGGCUCGUUUGUUACAUUAUUAUGUUUCAGUUAUAAUUUAAAUUAUAAAUGAUAUAUAUUAAAAGCAAUUUUUUUAAUGCAAGAAUUAAGUCCUCUGUUACCCUGAGGAAGAUGACCCAUAAAGUAUUUGUGUAUGGUACUCUAAAACGAAAUGAACCAAACCACCAUUGGCUGACGGACCCCAAAAAUGGUGUUGGAAAUUUUAUGACUGAAGGGAAAACAAAAAAUAAAUAUCCACUGAUCAUAGGGACUAGAUAUAACAUACCAUUUUUGCUUCAAGCUCCCGGGAAAGGACAUCAUGUGAAAGGUGAAAUAUAUGAAGUAGAUGACCUAAUGCUGAGUAAAUUAGACAUUUUAGAGGAUCAUCCCAAUUACUAUGUCAGAGAAGUGGAUGAUAUUGUACCAAUAAGCGGAUCACAAUCUGAAAACGUCAAAUGCUGGGUGUACUUCCUGAAGAACUUCCGGCAGGAGUUGUUGUCGAAGCAGCAGUUUGAAUGCUACUCCUCCAACGGUGAUCACGGAUUGAAGUACAUGGAAAAUACGAAUAGAGAUCCUAAUGAUGAUUACUAUUCGGAAGUUAAAAGAUGAGAAUUAAUUAGAUUUUGUGACAACGAGUCUACCAUAGACGACUUGGAUGAUAUGCUUAAAAAAUAAUUGAUUUAAAACUUGAGAUUUAUUAUCAAUUAAAUAUAAUUGUUAACAUUCCUUUGUUAUUUGUUCUUUAAAUUAUUUUUUAUUACUAUUAUAUUUACUUCGUUGGGU